AAGCAUUUUUUGGUCAUAUACCAUUACCAGAUAACCAUCUUCUAGCGUUGCGUCCGUUGCGAUUUGCGAUGCACGUUUAAUGUUGUACUGGUUCAUACAAAUUUGAGUAUAUUUGACACCGAAUCCUCGCCGACAACACAUUAUACAAAACUUUUUGACGGAUUGACAAUCGAAGAUGGAUCCACCUUCAACGAUUCCUCGAGAGGGCUCGAAGGAGCCGAGAAAAAGACCGCAAGAAGAUCAAGACAAUGCUUCGGACAACAAACGAGCAAUGCUGACCAAGUCCUCGGUGGCCAUGCGGAUGAUGGCCAAAAUGGGCUACAAGGAGGGUGGUGGCCUCGGCCGAGAGGAACAAGGAAUAACCGCACCUGUGGUCCCUAGCACACAACUUGGACGACGGGGCUUGGGUCUCAAGGUGGCUGGCCUAGAAAGCAAGACUGUAAAAUGGGAUUGGGACUCCGAGGUGGUUGAGGCGAAGGAGACGCUGAAAUGGCUCCCUGGUGCGGAAGUGCCCACUGAUCUCUCCCCUAACUGGGUCCAGCUCGGUGAAGAGAAACGCACCAUUGACGAUGAGGACAAGUAUUGCUCCCCUGAGGUUUUGAAGAAUGUUCUCAGCGCCAAGUCCGUGUUUGACCAGCUGGACGAUGUAGAAUUGAGGAAAUCUAGAGGAAAAUGCAAUCCUUUUGAAAGCAUUGGAAAAGUAUUUUUCCAAAACAGAGCUGCACUUAAAAUGGCAAAUAUUGACGCCGCGUGUGAUAUGAUGUUCACCGAUCCAAAGAACAAAGAGGGCCAGAAAUCCCUGCCACAAGAUCAGCUUCUUUACUUUGCCGACAUCUGCGCUGGACCAGGCGGCUUCUCGGAGUAUGUGCUUUGGCGGAAGAGUUGGCAAGCCAAGGGCUUUGGCUUCACACUUCGUGGGGGCAAUGACUUCAAGCUGGAAGACUUCUACGCAGCAAGUGCGGAGACGUUCGAGCCGUGCUAUGGGAAAGACGGAGACGGUAACAUCUACAAGCCAGCCAACAUUAGCCACUUCCAAGAACAUGUACUUGCCAACGCGGGUGGCAAAGGGGUCCAUUUCACCAUGGCUGACGGAGGCUUCUCCGUCGAAGGCCAGGAGAACAUUCAAGAAAUCUUAUCUCAUCGGUUGUACCUGUGUCAAUGCUUGGUUGCCCUGAGCAUCACACGCCCCGGUGGACAUUUUGUGGUCAAGCUGUUUGAUCUCUUCACCCCAUUCAGUGCUGGUCUAAUUUGGUUGAUGAGGAGAGCUUUCCGAGAAAUCUGCAUCUUCAAGCCUAAUACAAGUCGGCCAGCUAAUUCUGAAAGAUAUCUAGUUUGCAAGCACAGACUAGAUGAUGUUUCCGCUGUGAGAAACCUCAUGUGGACUGCCAAUGAAGAGUUUGAAAAAUUAGGAACUGGCAGUGGCAGAGCAGUUGUCACCUUAGUUCCUGAGGAUGUUAUUGCUGGCGACAAAGAGCUAGUAGAGUACCUGACAACUUCAAACAAUGAGCUUGGCCACCGGCAGGCUGUGUCUUUGAACAAAAUCAAAGCUUUCUGUCAGGACCCUACCUUGUUCGAGCCAAGACAGGCUGAGAUGAGGAAAAGCUGUCUGGAUCUGUGGCGCAUUCCAGAAAAAAGCCGAACUGUUCCUAGAGUAGAGCGGCCUGAAGCAGUGUUUGCUGGAUUCAAAUUGGAAUAUCUACAAAACAUCUUUGACUUGACGCCCCCAUUUCUGCAAGAUAUGAAAAUGCUGGAGUGGAGGUGCUACGCUAUGAAUUCAAGACGUACUUCCAAGAAGUGCACUCUGUUUUUAAGCGUCGGACGUGGCAAUGUCUACUUUCUAGACAGAGGCAGGUGGAACAACGUUAGCGUUGAAAACGCUAAACUAGACCUCCCUGCAAAGACCCUGGUUUUUGGAGAACUUGUCUCCGAGCUCCGAGGAGAGGCUCGUGCGCAAACCAGCAUCAAAGUUUUGCAUGUGAUGGAUGCCCACGUGUUAGGUGGCCGCGUCAUUGGCCACCUAAGCUUUGACGAGCGUGUUUAUCAAUGCAAACUCUUCGCUAAGGCCGUGGACAGACCGACCAGAAUCGACCUGACUCGGUUCUACGUUAAGGAAGCGUUCACUUUGGACAACUUGGAUUCUCUGUUUGAAAAGCUGAACUCAAAAAGGAUCAAGCAGUUCAGUGGGGACCGGAAAAUGUGCUUUAUGCUUGAUGAAAGUGAGGAGAAGUUCUUCAUGGUGGGAGGCUUAUCUUUCAUGAAGGUAGUCGUAGAACCUUGGACUGUAGCAUUCAGCAAGUCUGCCUCUCGCAAGUACUGGUUCAACCUAGAGGAUGGCACUUCCCUGUUUGAGCGUCCGAACGAGUCAAACCUGUGCUUUGAGGGAUCCGUCAAUUUGCGGGUGAAUUGGUGGUGGGAUGACAAAGUCAACCUUGCCAUGGGUGAUGAUGUAAGAAGACUGGACUCAACCAUUGUUCACAGAGUCAGCUUGGUUGACAAAAUUGAGCGUGAAAAAGUUAGCCUAAGGAUGAUUUAGGCUAUUUUUCUUCAUUUGUUUAUCAGAAAUGAUUAUAGAAAGACGUUUGGAAAUUAUUCGCAGGAUUAAUUAGGUUGAUAAAACUUCACAUGACGAAGCUAAGAGCUGUUUUCUCUGUUAAGUUGUCAGAAUUAAAUUGUAUUUCAAGAUCCUUGGCUCACAGGAAAAAUUUGUUAAACCUAAUUUCACACAAUCUGAGCAGGCUGGUCUAAUAAUAAUUCAAUAGACUGUUCACUGUUCCUACUAGUUUUAUAGAAGUAUGUGAAUUUGGUUGGGCUACUUUUUGCAGGGAUCAUUUGCCUUUCUAAACAUGGAAAAGCUUGGCUAAAGGCUUUCUGUGCUUGAAUUGGUAGUUCAAGAUCCACUGCACAACGGUAAUUUUUUAUAUAAUUUUGCGUGAGUAGGCUAACUGAACCAAUACGUUUAUACCAAUCAAAUGUAUUUCAUGAUAGUUUGCCUAUUUGACUCGCAAUCAAUAAGUAGGCCUAUUACUCUACUUGCUAAACGUACUAAAAAUGACUUAAUGAAUUGCACUGUUGGAUUGAACUAUAAUGUAGAAAAUGGAGCCACAAAAAUAGUUCCUAAGUAUUAAAAAUAUCCAAUUAAAAUUAGAUUGAAUUUCAAGUGGGUUUGCUGAGUUGACUGAAUAUAUUUUGUGAUAGACAAUAAUAUAAAUACUACAAAUUGUGAACAGUUAAUUUUAUGGUUAUUUUACUGAGUGCCCUUAAAUGGUGUCUAUGCUAUGUCAACUGGAAAUAAAACUCAUUAAGCUGCCA